GGUACACUACAUUACUAGAAUUGAAUAGUCAUUAAUGAUUUCUAAAAUUUUAAUAUUCUUUCAAUACAUACCAAAAUAUAACAUAUACUACGUAUUAUCUAAAAAGAAAAAAUAACAAUAUAUAUAAACACACACAUUUAGAUAUCUUAGGGACACAUGAAUGCAUACUUGGGAUAUAAAAUUGCUGGUCUAUAAAAAAGAUCUAUUGGUAUAGAAAAAAUAUAUAAAAAAAAUCAAAUGCAUUAUUUUCGAACGGUUCGGUCCGGUAUUUUUCGGUUCUCAAAGGACCGGUCUCGUACCCGUUUCAAACGGUACAGUUUCGGUACGGGAUAAAAAUCUAUAGAACCGUUUAAAUACCCGGUAUUCGGUUCGGUACCAUUACGGGACGGUUGGGUACCGAUUCGGUUCGGGUUUUAUGUCCACCCCUAAUAUUUGUACCUAUUCCCUUAUAUUGUUCUACCAUUUCGCACACUAAAAGCCAACUCAUCAUAAUGUACGACGUAUACAUAGUAAUAAAUCUUAGCUAUUACUCCCUCCGUUUCUAAAACAAGUUCUCCAUUGCUUUUCACAGUUAUUAAGAAAAAAAUUACUAAGGGUAAACUUUACUGUUUUGACACUGUUGGGGCACUGUUUGGACACUGUUUGACACUGUUUUGCACUAUUUGAACAUUGUUUGACACUGUUUUGCACUGUUUUGAUGUAGUAAAUUUGCCAAAUAAGGAAAAGGGAACUUAAUUUGGGAACUACCCAAAAAGGAAAGGGGGAACUUGUUUCAAAAACGGAGGGAGUAUUAAAGUAGUUUGAAUUAAUGAGUGUGAAACGAAUAAAUGUAAUUCUAAAUGCAGCCCAUAUUUUACUAAACAUAGCCCCUAAUUAAAAUUAAUUAAUUAAAUAUAAAUAAAAUGCAUACUGUAUCCCUAUUAUUGUCCCAAUAUCAUCCGAUUGCUGUCUUUGGAGACUUAUCACCGGUUGGGACUUUUCCAGCCAAGUCUUCUUGUGUUGGGCUACCGACUUCUUCUUCGGCUGAGACGAGCACUAUAUAUGUAAGGUGUUGAUUAUCUCUUUGAUUAUGAGUCUCAGGGGAUAACGCUCUGCCGAACACGAACCAAGGGAUAUCCAGCAAUAUUGCCGACGACAAUGCCAGGAACGGGACUGCCGGAGAUGGAGCCUCUAUCUGCUUUGGCUUGCUAAUCGCGCUACUACCGAGGAGAAAGCAGACCAUCACCUAAUAUGUUCUGUGAAGGUGGGACUGCCAACGAACACCACUGGAGUUUGAAACCAGGCGGCAAAGGCUGAGAUUCCAACCGAGGAGUUUAUGGUUGCUUCACCACGGCGGCGCGGACUCAUUACUGGUGGGGACAACACCUCACCUUGGUUGCCUAUUUAAGCAAGAAUUAUCUAUUCUAAUAACAAUCAAAUUAUAUGGAAAGGGAAUCGUGCAAGGAAUUAACUGAAGAACAAAUAGAUAAAAAUAUAUAUUGAUAUUCGGUAUUUGAUUGUGAAUACAAGAGCUAAUAGUAGGCUGUUUUAUCAGAAUUGAUCAUGCCUUUUCUUUCUUCUUUAAGCUAUUUAUAUUUACAUCAAACUCUACCACCCAACGUGGGCUCAAAUCCCUCGGCGAAAUCUCAGCCACCCUACUAAUGUGGAGUUCAUUCCUUGACUUCCUCCACCAGCCAUCAACAUUCCUAUCCAUUCCGUAGCAUUACUAAUUUGACCGGACUCUAUAAUGUGGACUGGCCAUCCUUUGAUGCUAACACAAAAUCCCUACAGCAACGUGGGUCGGCCCGCUGACAAAUCCAGGCCCAACAAUUGCCCCCAAAAUUCGAAGUAGUAAUCGUCGCUACUUUGAUUCAAAAGGUCAGUUACGUCUUUGAAUUUUAAACAUCCUGAUGCCACCUUGAAACCUGUAAAGUCGUCAGCCUUCUCUCUUAUCGAGCAUCCAACCAUCUGUCAGACUAAUCCUUUCUCCUUCAAAAUCCCUCUUCUAUGAAGAAGAUUCAAACUUCCGUCUACCUCUUACCGAAGCUCUCUGUGAGAAGCCAUGGAAUCCCAGUUGUUUAUCCCUCAACAUAUCUGUGACCCAAAAAACUCUAAGCAAGCCAGACUCUCUGAAACUCAUGUCGACAUUAUCAAGAACGGCUCCGGAUUUCCUGCACAUGCGUCUAUCCGGUUCCCGACCGCUAACGAGCGGGUUGACUGGCAUUGCGAUGGCUGGGUCAAUUUCUUCAUGUAUCCCUUCAAAAUUGGUAUGAAGUUUCCUUUCUCUCCACUAGCUAGAGACUUCUUGUCCUUUGUCAAAGUUUCCCCUUCUCAAAUAAUGCCACAAGUAUGGAGGGUUCUUCGUGGACUGGAAGUAUUGAGUGAAAAACACAGUAUUCCUUUCACCUUUGAAGAUCUGGGCUUUACUUAUGAUCUUCGCUCUUCUGGGGCUGGACGGUUCACAUUGGUUGUUAAAGAUGCUCGCGAAGCACUUAUCUUGAGGGCGGACAAGGCCAAUGAUCGCGGUUGGAUGAGUCUUUUCUUCUUUGUACGGAAAGAUUCCCUAGGUUCUGCUGGGGCGUUUCUUGAAGAGAGUCUGCACAAAGAUAGGAAGACAAUCCCAUUGAAUUAUGGUCCGAAUUCUGAAGAAAGAGCUGCUAGAAUUUUAUCCAUAACCACCGUUGAGCGGACCUUUGGGAAUCUGGUGGCUGAUAACGAAGGUACGCCCCCCAUUCCUGACCCUUCUGGGUCCGUUGGAUUAAGGCGUUCUCGCCGUAAUAUUCAGAAUGUCCCUAACGAUGCCCAAGGCUCGCGUGUGGUCUCCGUAGACGAUUCAGAUCAUGAAUCAGAAGGUUCAAGAGGUGGCGGUGAAAGUGAGAGUGCUUUCGUUCCUCUCCAGAUGGUGUUCCCCGUUGUUCAGGACUCUUUCCCUCUCCCAACGAAACGUUCUGCCCAACAUGCUGCUACUUCUUCAUCCAGCACGCGGCUGAUGCCUUCUGAUUAUGAACUCCUUAAUAUGGUUUCGAGAAAGAAAAAAGUUCCUUCCAAGCUGGCCUCUGGUUCUCCCAAAACUCCGCAUUGCCCGACUAUUGAAACGAAAGUUGUUCCUUCCCUUCCGGUGAAUGCUGCUGCUAAUUCUGACUCUGGUGUGAAGAUGAAUGCCUCCUUUUCUCGUGACUUUUGCUGUUUGAAGGACACUUUUAUGAUAAAAAGUGAAAUGCCUCAGAUUCUGCUUCCCUCCUCAUCUGCUGCGUUCGCUGAUAUCUCUUCAGCUGGCCUAGUGUUGGCUUCAUCGGCCUAUGCUUUCCAGAGUGUUCAAGCUAGCCUUGUUGCUGCAGGAAGGUUGGUUUUACUGGAAAAAACUGUGGACGAAUUAAAAGGGAAGGAGAAAAAUUCUCAAGUUCGCGCUGAUGCUGAUGCUCGAACGAUUCAAAAUCUUCGCGGGGACAACUCGACCUUGGUGAAUCAAAUUUCGACCCUGAAAGCCCGCAUCAAGCUAUUGGAGGCAUAUGGGAGGAAAAAGAAACAAGAAGUUACUGACGUAGCUUGUUUUUACGCUUGGAAGACUAGGGGCGAACUGAUGGCUUCAUUCAUCGCAGGUGAGAUGUCAAACUGGACAGCGGAACAAGAUGUUGCUACCUAGCUGAAGCUUCAGAAAGAAAUGGAUCCCCCGAUUGGAGAGGAUGGUUUUGACGUGGGCCAAUCUGAUGAUGAAGCUGAAUCCAAGCGUUCCCGUGACAAUUAAACAUGUUUUUCCUUCUUUAUUUGCUCGGCUCCAAACACUUUCUGCUUUUUGAAAGUUACUUUAACAUUACUCUCCUUGCGUUAUGGUUUCUUGGUGGUUUAUCAGGGACUUAACGCUUCGUUGUGCAAUCAUGGAUCUCGUGCUUGAUGGUUUAUCCAAGCCAUGUCCAUGUCGUUUUGUGACUCUGUCGCUAGUUUUUGCUAUUGCUUGAAUCCUG